AGCAGCACACGUCUGUGGCCAGCAGGGAGAAACCAGGUUCUGAGGAUGACUCUUCUUCUCCAGCUCCCUCCCAUCUUGGCUGUCUACUGCUUCUGCAUGCUGCAGAUCCCUUCCUCAGGAGUUUCUCAACCUUUAGCCGAGCCUCCAGAUGGUGUGAACACUGUGCAGCUUGAGAGGCUGGCAUAUGGUCUGAAUCAGCAGGCAACUCUCUUUAGCCAACCUAAGGAUAAUCGAGACAUAUUCAAAAGGCUGCCUGCCCUGCACCCUCUCAUGCGCCUGGCUGCCAAGCUCGCCAGCAGAAGGAUGAAGCGAUUUCUGCAGCCAGAUCUGGGGGCUGCUGCCGUGCAGUUCACCAACAAGGACCCCGCAGCCACCUUAGGACGGCCGUUUUUCCUCUUCAGGGUUCUGCUAGAGCUUCGGCUAACUCAGUCUCCCAUCUCCAGGCCGGAUAAGCAGAGCGCCUUCCUGUGA